AUGUCGCUAGCCAAACACUUCACCCCAACAACCGGAGAAAAACCCCUCUCAGAACUCCUGCCAGCCUCAUUCCGAGACGACAAACUCCUCUUCCACACCCCACUCAACAACAUUUCCCAAUUCCUGCACGCAGACCUCUCCGUGCACCGACUAAACGCCAUCCAAAAAUGGCUCUGGGUAGCAGGUCGCCCCAUGCCCCCCAGACCCCUAAACUACCAAAUCUCCGUCUCCCGCCAAAUCAUCGUCGACGAAAAAGUCGACAUGCACCUCGUCUGGGGUCCCGCCCGUCGCAUCCACAUCAAACCCCUCCCAGCAUACCUACUUGACUCACGCUUCUGGUCAGAGCAUCUCCAAGAAAAUGAUCGGGAAACCUAUGUUCCAAGCGAACUAUCCAAAUUCGCACUCGGGUUCCUAAGCUCGUAUAUUGCGCUGAUCGAACAUCCAAGCGAUUUCACAAUCGCAAAACAGCACAGCCUGCUUCCUGACUCGUUGACGUGGAGCCAGUGGUCUGGUCUUGUGCGGAAUUUACUAGAAAGCGAUGUACUGACGCUGGAUUGGAUUAAUCACCGGUAUAAAUUUGGUGAAUUGCGUCUCUCGAGAUUGAAUAAGAUUUAUUUCUUUCAGAGACGGAGUCUGCUGCGUGGGUAUAGGCCUAAGUAUCAGACGUUUGAGGAGUUGUUUUUGGCUUAUUUGACGCCUAUUACGGCUAUGACGGUGUACUUUGCGCUUGUUUUGACGGCAAUGCAGGUUGGGCUUGCGACAGAUAAGUUGCAGCAUAGUUGGGCUUUUCAAAAUGCUUCGUAUGGAUUUACAGUGUUUUCGAUAUUGGGGCCGAUAUUGCUGGUUUUCACGGUGUUUUUGAUUGCCAUGGUGCAUGUGGGUGCUAAUGUUUUGGCUACGGUGGUGUUUCGGAGGGAGAGAUCUAGGUUCUUUAGGAGAAGGAGAGCGUGA